GGGAGUGAGAGAGUGACUGACAGGUUUAUCAAGCUCGGAGGAGAACAACGAGGGGACGCGCAGGGAGAGAAAGUCCACGCUGAAGACUCGUCUGUGGACUUUAAACGGAUGGUGACUUGACAGCCAUGCCUGGCACAGGAGUGUGUUGUUCCAGGCUGGAGGAGCCGAAGGCCCUGAUGAAGAUGGGCCUGUGCAUGGUCCUCAUCGGCCACGUCAACUUCCUGUUGGGAGCUCUGGUGCACGGCGUGGUGCUCAGACACAUCAACCUCCACAAGCAGGCGCGAGCCAUGGAGUACGCCAUCUCCAACGUAGUGGCUCUCACCUCUGGCCUGGUGGGAAUAGUGGUGGGCAUCGUGGCUAUUGUUCUGUCUAAAAACAAGAGGAGCAGAAUUCUGACGUGGACGCUUUUCAUCGUCAGUUUGGUCGCGUCGCUCGUGGCGGCAGCUUCAGCCAUUGGACUCAGCGUGUCUGUGGUGAGGGCCAUCAUGCACGGUGGGCGGAGCCUCCUGACUCACUGCCGCUUCCCCGACGCCAUUGGCUACUCCAGCAUCACCAACGAGUGUCCUUUUGACCCCACACGUAUCUAUAGCACCACUCUGAUCCUGUGGCUGCCUCUGAUCGUGACCUGCGUUGUCCAGAUGGUGUUUUGUGCCCAGUGCUUUGUUGUGUGUGUCAGAUUCCUCGGUCUGUCCCGCUGCACUAACAGGAAAACACCCAAAGACUACGGCAGAGCGAUCAACGUGGUCCGGCCUAUUGAGAGCGCCGCCCCCUCUCGCUAUUCUGAACCGCCGAGACGCAGCAACGCACCUCCGACACGCUACACUGAACCCCCGCAACGAAGCGCCGUGCCUCUGAGGCAGCAGCAGCAGCAGCAGCAGCAGCAGCAGCAGCAGCAGCAACAGCAACAACAGCAACAGCAGAGACCUCUUCCCCCUCCACAGCAUCCUCCACGUCUGUACCAGAGCCUUCCGCCCGCCGAGAGACGGCCUCUUCACCCGCCGCACAGGGAGAGGUCCGGCAGAGACUCCGGCAGAGACUCGAGGUCCGGCAGAGACUCGAGGUCCGGCAGAGACUCGAGGCCCAGCAGCCAGCAGAGUGCACCAGAGCAACAUCAGCUGCUGGAGAGAGGUACGCUGGAGAGGUCCAGCUUCUGGAUUUAACCGGAGCGUCUGAAGGACAACAGCUGUCACCCACAACCAUGUUUCUGUCAGUGCCUCGUGGUGAAGUAGAGCUGAGUUUGAACCGGAUGUAUAAGAUUUACAGUGUGUGUGUGUGUGUGAAAGCAGUGAUGUGAAUGUGUGCGUGUGUGUCUGUUUUUGUGGUUUCGUGCUCACAUUUUUCAUAUUUAGACAGAAAGUUGAGGCAAAUCCUCUAGCUGUUGAUUGAGUAAAAAGCUUUUUGAGUAAUUGGCUGUAGUUAGGCCCUGGUUUAUUUGAUUGCUGAUGAUUGCUAUUUGAUUGAACCUAAUUACCUAAUUGUUCAGUAGUUAUGUGCCGUAGAUAUGAAAGUGUUACCACAACAGCACAGAGUCCACGUGAGGAUUGUUUUUUUUUCUCCUCUGAACCUCGCGUUUGCAUUUUCUUAAGUGUGUUUGUCGUCUAGUUUCACGUGAAACUAGUGCUGCAAGAUUUUGUAUUUAUUGCCAAAGUAAAUAAAAGUUUUUAAUCAAAAAGUGAAACCAAA